CAAAAUGUUCCAAAAAGUAUACUCUCUCUUCAAGCAUUCUUCCCCAUCCUUUCAAAUCCUCUCCGACCUUCACCUCGAAAUCAACCACCAAUAUGCAUCUUACGACAUUCCAGUCUGCGCCGAAUAUCUCAUCCUGGCGGGUGAUAUUGGCCGGUUGACAGACUACGAAGCCUAUCGCGACUUUCUCCAAAAACAGACCGAUAGAUUCAAACUAGUUUUCCUCGUACUCGGGAAUCAUGAAUUCUAUAAUGGGACUUUCGCGACAGGGCUGGAUAAGGCUCGGCAACUUGAACAGGAACCAGCCUUGAAUGGACGGUUGAUUGUUCUUCAUCAGAGGAGAUUUGAUAUUCCGGGGUGUGGGCUGACUAUUCAAGGGUGUACGCUUUGGUCGAAUGUGCCGAGUGAAUUGACAGAUCUUGUUCGGUCGAAGGUUAAAGACUUUCAGAAAAUUGAGGACUGGUCUGUUGAGGAGCAUAAUACCCGCCAUGAGGCAGAUCUUGCGUGGUUGGUGAAUGAGAUUGAUUCGAUAAACCUGGAAAAUGAGGAGGUUAAGAAGCAGAGUGAGAAGAGAUCGACUCUUGUGGUGACGCACCAUGCGCCUUUACUUCAAGGGACAUCGAGUCCGCAACAUGCCCAGAACCCUUGGAGUGUUGCCUUUGGGACUGAUGUCCUACCACAAAUACCAAAUGGUGUGAAAGUCUGGGUGUUUGGGCAUACGCAUUAUUCGACGGAUUUUAGGGAAAAAGGGGUGAGGGUUGUGAGUAAUCAACGGGGGUAUGUGUUGCCUUGGAGUACGAAGGUAUCGGGGAGGUUUGAUGAGAGGAAGGUUAUUCGGAUUUCGUGAGGGUUGAUGGCUUUAGUGGCUACUUUAUAGCCAGUUAGCAAGUCUCGCCGAUACAACUUGCUGUACGCUAGCAGACGUGCCUGGUUAGAACUUAUUAUUUACAUC